AUGGGCAAUCUCCACCCUCCAUUCUUGUACCUGUUGUAUGUUCUUACCUUAUUGUCGAUCAUGCCGAUCGCCUUCUCUGAGAUAAAAGAUACCCGCAUCGUCGCUGAUUCAAGGCCCAUGAUCCUGUUUGAACGUUUCGGAUUCUCCAAUGACGGUCACAUUGAUAUAUGGCUGAAGCGUGUUGCAUGGAAACCAAAACAACAGAGUCCUGAUAUGGACCCAACCAAGAUGGGAUUCAUACUCUUAAGGGAGGCAUCCUACGCAAAGAUCCUAAAUGAAUCGGAGUACGCCGACCACUUCUGUGUUGUAUCAAGCCACUACGUGAAACAGAUAUUCACAUUCCAAGAUCUCAGGUUCGAUUACACUUACAAUGGUUCAAUCGCUGUCGAUGAUCCCGACGAAUACAGUCUUGUCUUUGGAAACUGCCAGCCCGAAUUCGAAAUUUGGAUGGAUGUCCACACAGAAAUGUACAAUGUAGAGAAGGGCUGGAAGGAUUUCCUUCCUGCUGGCCAGACCCAACUGCCAAAACUGUAUUUUAUCUUCUUUCUCAUGUACUCUGUUUUCUUCUUGAUCUGGAUCUACACCUGCAUCAAGCAAAGAGCGACUCUUGAUAAGAUCCAUGUCUUGAUGGGGGCCUUGCUCUUGUUCAAAGCGCUGUUGAUGAUCUGCGCAUCCGAAGAUCAGUCAUAUGUGAAGAGAACCGGGUCGUCCCGUGGGUGGGACAUCGCGUUCUACAUUUUCAGCUUCUUCAAAGGUAUAAUGCUGUUCACUGUAAUCAUCCUCAUUGGAACGGGCUGGUCAUUCGUAAAGCCGUUCUUGCAUGAGCGCGAAAAGAAUCUUCUGAUGAUCGUCAUACCUCUGCAAGUCCUCGAGAACAUAGCUUCUGUAGUGAUCGGAGAGACAGGGCCGUCCACCAAGGACUGGCUGACAUGGAACCAGCUCUUCCUCUUGAUCGAUAUUAUAUGUUGCUGCACGGUGUUCUUUCCGAUCAUCUGGUCAAUCAGGAGUCUUCGGGAGGCCUCGAAGACAGAUGGGAAGGCAGCCAGGAACCUUGAGAAGCUGACACUUUUCAAGCAGUUCUAUGUCGUUGUUGUUGGGUACUUGUAUUUCACAAGAAUUGUGGUUUCUGCAAUUGGCGCGGUCGUUAGUUACAGGUAUCACUGGAUAAGUACGGCUUCGAUGGAGGGUGCGAGUUUGAUCUUCUACAUGUAUCUUUUCUACAACUUCCAGCCGAUCGAGAGGAAUCCGUACUUUGUCAUCCAAGAUGAAGAAGAGGCGGCAGCGGCACUUGCACUGGAAGAAGACAAUUCGUUUGAGCUCUAA